AUGCUGAAACCCCAGGACCUCCGCAACAUCUACGGGAGGAGCCACGAAAACCGCAUCUCCUCCAGGGACAAGGACAUCAAGGGCCCCAAUGUGAUCGCCAUUAAAGCCAUUGUCAAGGGACUCGUCCUCGUCCAGCUGACCUUCUUUCUCCUGUUCUGCUACAUCUUCGGCACGCUGUACGUUUCCAACUCGCACGUGAAGCACCUGGGCGUCGUGUUCGUCGACUACGACCAGGGCCUCGUUGGACAGUCCGUGUGGGCGGCGUACAAUCAGCUCAAGGGCGACGACUUCCCGACUCUGUACCCGCGCAGCCCGUCCGAGUAUCCGACGCCUGAUUCGAUCCGGCAUGGCGUUUGCAAGACGGACUUCUGGGCAGGCUACUUCGUCUCGGCCCACGCCUCGGAGCGCCUCGCUGCUGCUUUGGGCGGAGGAGAGGCGGCCUCGAGCUACAACCCAGCGGACGUGGUGACGUACGUCUGGAACGAGGCAAGGUGGCCCUUGAACGUCGAGAGUGAUCUCGCGACAAACUUCGUCAAACUCUCGACGGCUGCGCAGGGAGCAUACCACGCCCUUAAUGGCACCGGCGCCAUCCGGGCCCUGAAUCUGUCCUCUCCCCAAGCGGUGGCGGCGUUGUACAAUCCGUGGCAGGUCCAAAGCAUCAACAUCCAGCAGACGAACCAGGGCCCACGCACCGUCUAUAACACCAUCGUCGUGGUGCUGAUCAUCAUUAAGCAGUUUUUCUUCCUGCUCCUCAUCAACGGCGUCUGCAGCACCUUCAAACUGUACCUCCGGCUCAAACCUCACCACCUCGUCUUCCGCCGUCUGCUCGGCAGCUCCGUCGCCACCAUCACUGGUAGCCUGCUGCUCACGGGGGCCAUCUGGGCAUUCCGCGCCAACUGGAUCGUGAAUGGAAACCAGUUCGUGCUGACGUGGAUGACGUACUGGCUCUACGAGGAGAUCAACUUCUUCUUCAUCGACGCCGCCACGGCCUGGGUCCCGGCGCCCUUCAUGCCCAGCGUGCUGGUCACCUGGGUCAUCAUGAACGUGUCGUCGACGCUGCAGCCGAUCGAGCUCAGCGCCGGCUUCUUCAAGUGGAUGUACGCCCUGCCCGCGCACGAGAUGUACGAGACCCUCGUCGACAUCUGGUCGGGCGGUUGCAACCCGCAGCUCUACCGCUCGUUGCCCAUCUUGUUCUCGUGGUGGAUCCUCUUCACACCCCUGGCCAUGCUAGGCGUACUGCGGCGUUGCCACUUCGCGGCGAUCGAUUUCGACAAGGAGGAGGCCGCGUUCCAGAAGCGGUUCCAGGAGGCGAAGGAAUUCGAGAGGAAGCGCGAUCGGGAGCGGAGCAGGGAUCUCGCCACGGCCGCGGAGAAGGAUUCCAUCGAUCAAGAGGACGACGUCGAGUUGGCCAACAUCCUGAGGAAGCAGGAGACAGAGAUUCGCUCGCUGUAUUCCGCGGACAGCCGGACCCGGUAUGGGCCUUCGAUCGUGGCUCCAGGCACUGAGCGUCUUGGCUAG